AUGUAUGAGUGGGAUGUCUCAAUCGAGCAUCUAGUGAAAGCCAACUUUGAUGCACUUGCUGCUACUUGCUUGAGAGGAAUGGUUAGCUUUGCAAAGUCCAAUGGAGUAAAACCAGAUUGGAUUUUGUCAUCAGAUUGGUUAGUAAUGUUAGCUCACUGGAGGACACCAGAAGCCAAAGAAAAAAGCCAAAAAGCUCAUUCUUCUCGGCUGUUUAGUCGUGAUGGUUUAGGUCCCCACGGACACAGAUCAGGUUCAUGUUCAUAUGCCAAGGUUCAAGAUGCUCUGGAAGCAAAUAAUGAAGACUCUUCCUUCAUUGCUGUGAUGAAAAAAACACACCAAAAAUCUGAUGGAACAUAUGUUGAUGAAAGAGCAAGAGUAAUUGCAGAACAAUAUGAUGAACAUGUGCAAGAACGCUUAGCACAGAUGGAGUCUGCCAAUGGUGAGGUUUUGACUGGUGCCCUUACUCUAGAGGAAAGAAAUGAAAUUUACAUUAAGGUUGCUGGAAUAUCAAAGCAAGGUCGUGUAUUUGGAAUUGGAUCACUUCAAAGUGGAGUUUCUAUGUCUUUUAAUGGUUCGUCUGUUUUGCCACAAACUACUGAAGAAGUGGGAACCUUAACUCGCCGAAUCGAGGAGCUUGAAACUGAUCUGCAAAAAAGCCAUGAUGAGAAUGCUCUUUUCCAGAAACGCCUUGAAACUGUGGAGAAACUUGUGGAGACUCUUUUUGGCCAGGAUAUCUUAACCACAACAACUCCAUCUUCGUCUACUCCAGCAUAA